GAGCGCUGCCCUCCCCUUCGCUCCGCUCCUCUCCUUUGCCGUUAUGAGACGCCGGAGGAACGUACUGCUCCCUCACGGAGCUGCCUUUAGGAAAUAAUCCCUCGUCAUAGCGGGCUUCGUUGGGGAGAAACAGAAACGCCUCGAAACUGCCCCUGUUUUUAUUGCAGAGAAUCACCCAUUCGCUGCUCUGAGGAUUAAUCGGCUUCACUUACAGCACCAUGGACGAACUGCAGGAUGUUCAGUUGACAGAGAUCAAACCACUCCUGAAUGAUAAGAAUGCAGCUCGCAACUUCCAGGACUUCGACUGUCAGGAACAUGACAUUGAGACAGCUUUUGGAGUGGUCCAUGUCACCAUGCGGGGCACGCCCAAGGGGAACAGACCUGUCAUCCUCACAUACCAUGACAUUGGCCUCAACCACAAAUCCUGUUUUAACACAUUCUUUAACUUCGAAGACAUGCAGGAGAUCACUCAGCAUUUUGCUGUGUGCCAUGUGGAUGCACCAGGCCAGCAGGAAGGAGCCCCUCCAUUCCCAUCUGGGUACCAGUAUCCCAGUAUGGAUGAACUGGCUGAAAUGCUGCCUGCUGUUCUGACACACCUGAACCUAAAAAGCUUCAUUGGGAUUGGACUGGGAGCUGGUGCUUAUGUCCUCAGCAAGUGUGCACUCAGCCACCCCGACCUGGUGGAGGGACUUGUUCUUAUUAAUGUUGAUCCAUGUGCAAAGGGCUGGAUCGACUGGGCAGCAUCCAAGUUUUCAGGCUGGACAACCAACAUAGUGGAUAUUGUCUUGGCACAUCAUUUUGGCCAUGAGGAAUUGCAAGCAAAUCUAGAUUUGAUCCAAACAUACAGGCUUCAUAUUGCACAGGAUAUUAACCAAGAUAACCUUCAGCUGUUUCUCACCUCAUACAACAGUCGUAGAGACCUGGAAAUUGAGAGACCAGUCCUCGGCAUCAGUGAAAAUACCGCAAAAACACUCAAGUGCCCUGCCUUGCUAGUGGUUGGUGACAACUCACCCGCUGUAGAAGCAGUGGUUGAAUGCAAUUCACGUCUUGACCCAACCAAAACUACCCUUCUGAAGAUGGCUGACUGCGGGGGCCUGCCCCAGGUGGUUCAGGUGAGAAAUGCCUCUCAGCAUUUGGGUUAUACAGAGCCCCUUGCUCUGCUUGCACUAAAGCUGCACUUUCUGUUUCCACAGCCUGGCAAGCUGACUGAAGCCUUCAAGUACUUUGUGCAGGGAAUGGGCUACAUCCCUUAUGUGCAGCUCAGCCACCUAAGCACUGAGUCAGUGCCAGCAGCUAGUAUGACCAGGCUGAUGCGCUCCCGUACUCACUCCUCCUCUAGCGUGGGCUCCGGCGAGAGCGUCCGCAGCCGGUCUCAUACUAGCAACUAUGGUGAAGGAAGUGCUGGAACCCCAGAAGGAAUCGACCUCCAGGAUGCACCUCAAACCAUGGAAGUGUCCUGUUAGGCAGGAGCCCCUCCUCUGGAUUCAGACAACUCCACUCGCCCCCUCUGAACCCACUCAGAAUCUAGCAUUUCAUCCAACAUGGCAUUAACUGUUCUCUCUAACUUGUGCAUGCCCAUCUGAGCUGCCACCUCCUUGGUAGUCUGUACUUGGCAUUACUUUGGUCCUUUUCUGUAUGCCCCUGGCAUCAGAGCCUCUUUAAAACUCGUUAACAUUCCGUGGUCUUAGUAAGUCACAUUACUGUACAUGCUGAUACAUCUCCUGUCUGUGCUGUAUAUCAAUCCAGAUGACAGCCGUUGUCUCCUCUGUUCAUUUAAAUAUAACUUCUGUGGCUUUGUGAGGUUUAGAAUUGCUUUCUAGUUGUGCUUCUGCUAAAGGACCCUUGUGGUACAGUUGGUAUGGCAUCUGUGGGAUGUGGGAAAGCAAGACCACGAUGACAUAAAACUCCAGGUGCUGGAGCAGGCAAUGUCCUUUGGCAGGUCUGUGCCUGGAGUGCAAGAACCCACCAGAAGGUCUUUGCCUUCCCAGGACCCUUGGCAUGCCAGGCAGCUGUGGGGAAAACAAAUGGUCAGAAAUACUUGGUCUCAUCUCUGUAUGUGUGUUAAGAAGGAGCAGAGUGAUUUCUUACCUGAGCCUCCUGAAAAGGCAAAGCAAUUAACAAGUAAACUUGCACUAACCGAGGUGCACUAUUAACCGAGUACAAGGGAUUAAACCACAGCAGCCCUGGUUUCCACACCCCCUCUGCUGACCCUCUCUGCCUCUCCUGCAGAAGGGCCAGAUGCAGUUAACACCUAGUCACUAUUCUACCCUGGCACGGGUGAAUUUUCAGCAUCAAGUAGGUUGUGAAACAGGCAGCAAUGCCCCUUGCCAGGUGGAGAUCCAGGAAUCUCCUGCACUGCCAGCUCUGCUUCCCACUGCUGCCAGCCCCAGGCAGGAUGUGUGCACAGGGUUUUAACAGAGGCUCAGGAAAUACCAGUGAAUGUAAAUUAUGGCCAGCAGAUGCACGUCCAUGUGAGUCAGGUCAGAAGUGUGAGCAGUGAAUGCCUCUGUGCAGGUACUGUUUACUGUCUUUGUGGAAUUCACAGUUCUGCUGCCGUUUUACAUCUGGCCCGGGUCACAGAGGGCAGGAGGCAAACGCCUGCUGCAUGCCAGGGCCUAGCUGUUAAUGGGAGAAAAGGGACGAGUGGUCAGGCUACUACAGAUCGUGAUAGAUGAGCAAAAACAUCCCUUCUUAACUGUUGAGCAGCCCUGACGCAAUGGGAGCCAGCUCCUCUGGGGGUCACACUCAUGUUCUGCUCCAUUUCAGGUAGGAAAUGGCACUGAGAGGCUCUGCCUGAGGGGCACUUUGUACCAGUUAUUAAAUAAAGCUAUAACUGAGUUUCAUUGUUA